AUUUGUUUGGAAUCGUCCCUUUUCUUCCUAUUACAUAGCGAACCAUGAAGUUCUUAGCAGUACUGUUGCUGAUCGGGUUUGUAGCCGCAGCCUCAGCAGAUGAUUUUACUCACUUCUUUACCGAUUCCUCUGAUGACGUGGCGGACAAACUUCAGGAAAUGCGAAAGCUUCAGAAAGGGCUUUCAUCUGUGAUCAAUGAAAUCAGAUUAAGGAAAACUACUAAAGAUGAACUAGAAGCAUUUUUAAGAGAAAAAUUUGAUGAAGCACUGGAAAAAAUUGAAAAGGCUAUAAUUGAUGGAAAAGAAGUCAAUCAAGAUGUUUUAAAAGCGCUUCGAGAUCUUAAAGAAAAGAUGAAGGAACUGAAUAUUGAAGAAGAUGAACUAGCGAAAGAAACUAUAGAGAUAAUAAAAGAGAGGGUGAAAGGGCAGCUCAAAGAAAUUUUGGAGAAAAUGGGAAUUUUUGAUUGAACGACGUUGAAAGAAGACAAGGUUCAGCCAUCGAUUCGUUCUAUGAGAACUGUAAUAUAGCGUUUUCUCAAGAAAUAAAAUAAUGUUGGAAAAUCCAAAUUAUUGUUUUAUUU